AUGGACCCUAGCUUCCAGCCUGAAUUGAUCGAACGAAGACAGGUCCACGGAAUCACUCUGGAACAACAACGAAAUGAUGUGAAGAUCACGCCGGAAUUGUUCAAGGAUAUCGUGACCGAGGCUAAAGAUUUGUCGGCGUCGGCCAUCACUGAUUUAAUCGUCACGACCCUCUCCUUGAAAUACACACAGUCGAACUCAGUGGCGUAUGCAUUCAGGGGCGGGCUCAUCGGUCUGGGAGCUGGCCAACAGUCUCGGAUCCACUGCACGCGUCUGGCCGGGACUAAGGCCGAUCUAUGGUGGCUCCAACACCAUCCCAAGGUGUUGGGGAUGAAGUUCAAACCGACGACGAAACGUGCCGAUAAGGCGAAUGCGAUUGACCUCUAUCUGACCGAUGCGGUUUGGGAUAACGAUGAUGAUGAGGAAGAGGGGGUGAUCAGUACGGAACACAAGGAAUGGGAAGCAAUCUUCAAGGAAAUCCCCAAGCGACUGUCCAAGGCUGAACGCAAAGAAUGGAUGAAAAAGCUUGAUGGGGUGGCACUUGGAAGUGAUGCCUUCUUCCCAUUCACCGGUAACGUUCGAAGGGCCGCUAAGAGUGGCGUCAAGUACAUCGCCGCUCCUGGUGGUAGCGUCAUGGACCCUGCGGUCUUCAAGGCCGCUGAUGAGGCUAAAAUGGUCUACUGCAAAACCGGGCUCAGAUUGUUUCAUCAUUGA